ACGCCGCCCUCACAGCCUCUUGUCCACAGAUCUCCAAGCCACUGAUGGAGAAGAAGCGACGGGCGCGCAUCAACGUGUCGCUGGAGCAGCUCCGGUCGUUGCUGGAGAAGCACUAUUCGCACCAGAUCCGGAAACGCAAGUUGGAGAAGGCGGACAUCCUGGAGCUGAGCGUCAAGUACAUGAAAAGCCUCCAGAGCUCGGUGCAAGGGCUCUGGCCCGUCCGCAGCGGCGCCGAGUACCCGUCGGGCUUCCGCGGCUGUCUGCCGGGCGUUGGCCAGCUUCGGCGGCGUGGAGAGGGCGGCGGCGGGCUGCGCUGCCCGCUGGUGCCCGAGCGCACGGUGGGCAGCACCAUGGACAGCGCCAGUCCCCGCCCGGAGGCGCCCACGCGCUGCGGCCCCUGCGCCCCCGCCAUUUGGGCCCCUAAUCCGGGCGCCAGCGGCUCGCGGUGCCCGCCAGCCAGGCUCCUCCUCCCUGGCGGUCUCCCCGGCCCGUCCACCCACGUCCCGGCACCGCAGCCGGCGUCUCGUCACGGCGCCGAGAGCCCGGGGUCAGGGAUGCGCCUGUGGCGGCCCUGGUAAGGCCCAGGCGUGGCCUCGGGCUCAAGGGGUCCCCCGUCUGGUCUGCCGGCGCAGAGACAGUUUGCAGCGCGCCCGUGUGACGACCGGGACCUCAAACGUCCGGGGAGGGUGGCCGGGAGGGUGCCGCGUGCCGAGAACGCAAUGAAACAGCGUAGCCUCGGUGGGCCCGGGCCUGAGCCUUUAGGCAGAAUCCACCCCCAACCCCAGCCUCACCUACUCAGGCAGGACCCGCUCUCUGCUCCUCCCACCCGAGGGGGCUGGGAGGGGUGUCCUGGGCCGCGCCCCUUGCCCAGGGCCCCGGCGGCAGCGCGCCCUCGCCCCCGCCCCCGCCCCGUGGCCGCGCCGCGGUGGGAAGGUCGCAGCCGGCUGCGGCGCAGAGCAGACCCCUCGCAGCGAGGAGAAUCGCUGCCCCGCCCCGGCCCAUUCAGCCGGCUGGGGACGCCCGGUUCCCACCGGCGCAAAGCACGCCGGGCCCGCCCCGAGGGCGAGGGGCCCCAGCAACCCCCACCCUGAGCCUUCUCUGCUUCCAGGGAUCCCCACCCCCUCGGCACGCAACGCGGCACCCCAGCCGCGGGCGCGCGUUCCCAGGGCCGCGCGGGUGAGCAGCA